ACACUAGGCCUGCUGUAUUAUAUUACAGAAUUGCACGUGAACUAUCUGUAGACAAAACCUACCAACUUACCGUAGGAAUACGUUCAAUAUGAAUUUGAAUAAAACUAGACAAAUGGUCAGGGCCUUACUUAAAGGAAGGAGCUUGCAGACACUAUCUAGGUCGUAUCAUGCAGAAAAGAUUGCCACAGUAGGGUCACCAGCUGACAAAAACUCGCCUCAAUUUAAGGAGAAUUAUGAACAGAUGAAAGGACUUAUUGCUGAACUGAAGUCUACCAUAUCCCAGAUUGCACAAGGUGGAGGAGAGAAGAAAAUAGCACGACAUGUUUCACAGGGGAAGAUGCUAGUCAGAGAGAGAAUUACAACUCUACUAGACCCAGGAUCUCCAUUCAUGGAAUUAUCUCAAUUAGCUGGCUAUGAGUUGUAUGGUGAUGAAGAGGUACCAGCAGGAGGUAUCGUUACUGGUAUUGGUAGAGUCUCAGGGACAGAAUGUAUGAUUGUUGCCAAUGAUGCGACGGUAAAAGCAGGUACCUACUAUCCAAUCACAGUCAAGAAACAUCUUAGAGCGCAGGAAAUCGCCAAGGAAAAUAAUUUACCCUGCAUCUAUCUUGUUGACUCUGGUGGUGCUAAUCUUCCCAGGCAGGAUGAAGUAUUUCCAGGAAAGGAACAUUUUGGUAGAAUUUUCUUCAACCAAGCAACUAUGUCUGCUGCAGGAAUACCACAGAUUGCCGUAGUUCUAGGUAGCUGUACUGCAGGUGGAGCAUAUGUCCCAGCAAUGGCAGAUGAGAGUAUCAUUGUAAAACAACAGGGAACUAUCUUUCUAGGUGGACCUCCACUUGUACAUGCUGCUACUGGCGAGGUAGUAUCAUCUGAAGAUCUGGGUGGAGCUGAUCUUCACUGCAGGUCAUCAGGUGUUACAGACCACUUUGCCAAUGAUGAGCACCAUGCACUUUAUCUAGCCAGGAGAGCUGUGGCCAAUUUGAAUAGAAAAAAAGAAAUCAAUAUACCAGUGUUGAAGCCCAAAGACCCAUUGUACUCUGCUGAUGAGUUGUAUGGAAUUGCAUCCGUAGAUUUCAGUAAAGUUUAUGACAUCAGAGAAGUCAUAGCGAGAGUAGUAGAUGAGAGUGUCUUUGAUGAGUUUAAGCAGCUGUAUGGAGACACCAUAGUGACAGGUUUUGCUCACAUCCAUGGCUAUCCAGUUGGUAUUCUUGGAAACAAUGGAGUACUGUAUUCAUCAAGCGCCCUCAAAGCAACACAUUUCAUUGAAAUCUGCUGUCAGAGAAAGAUCCCUCUCCUAUUCCUUCAAAACAUCACAGGUUUUAUGGUUGGAAGAGAAGCUGAAGCUGGAGGGAUAGCUAAGAACGGGGCUAAGAUGGUUACAGCUGUAGCCUGUGCUAAGGUACCCAAGAUUACAGUCAUUGUUGGAGGUUCGUUUGGGGCAGGAAACUACGGCAUGUGUGGCAGAGCUUACAGUCCUCGGUUCCUGUACAUGUGGCCUAAUGCUAGGAUCUCUGUGAUGGGAGGAAAGCAAGCAGCUCUGGUUUUAUCUCAAGUUAUGGCUGCACAAAAGAAGAGGGAAGGUUUAGAGCUGUCUAAAGAGGAGGAGGAAUCCAUCAUGGCUCCAAUCUUGGCCAAGUAUGAGAAGGAAGGAAGCCCUUACUAUUCAAGCGCCAGAUUGUGGGAUGAUGGUGUCAUAGAUCCAGCAGACACUAGGAAGGUCCUAGCUCUGAGUCUGAGUGCUGCACUCAAUGCCAAAGUAACAGAUACACCAUUUGGUGUAUUCAGGAUGUAAUGCCUCUCCUUAUCUUCUUGGGGAGGGGGGGGGGGGGCUUUUUGUUGUCGAGAAAUAGUCUCUGUUUGUUUGAAUUUGUAGUGGUGGGUGCUUCAUUUAUCAUCAAGUAAUACUUCAAUAUAAUUAUAUUUUAAAAAAUAAUUUGGUGUCAGGUCCAAAGUAGUACUGUGUACUAGAUAUAUGAUUAUAAGCAUUCAUUGCUUUCUUAGCUGUCAGGUAAAAUAACUACCACUAUACAACACCUACGUGGAUUCUUGUCAUUUGAUUGGAGGAUUGUUAGUCACAU